UAGCUCAAUUUCAUUCCAAAUAUUCCAUAACAUUUGGAGCAAUGCAUUAAAUUCACUUGACAAACGAAAUUGCCCCUGAAAUUGAUAACUUUUCCCAAAAAAUUAUUUGGGCAUGUCAACUCCUUUGGUACAUGGUCGGUGCAGCUCCAAUAUCACAACAGAGGAGGAUUAUUGCUAUGUGUUGUCAAUAUGAAGCUUGAUAUCAAUGUACUAGCACUGUAUGGCAUUGGAUGCAUUAUGAAUUGCUUACUAAUGGCUGAGCCGUCAGCUAGUCAUUGCACAAAAUGGCGUGAAGUGCCGGUUGGCUGAAUGCAUGUCCGCAGGCAUGCUGCUCAUGAAUAAUUCAUGAGGCCCUCUCCUGAUUAUCUCUCCAUUUUGUCAGAGGGCCAUUAAUAUUUAAUGCAGCUGCAUGAUGGGAGGAUGCAUAUGGGCUGUGGUGGUUCUCACCUUUCUAUGCGAUGCAGUCCAGGUAAAAUACAGACAAUGGGCGGUACAAUGAUGUUAGGGCUGCCCCGUAGCUUAUGUUGUUUGUCUGAAACAGCAUCUCUAAGCUCUAAUUAAGUCUUGCUCUCUAUGAAUGCUGUCUGAGCUGCCUAAAUGUUUCGCCGGCGUUGGAUCCUCCCCCGGAAGCCCCCGGCCGAGCAGCACGGGGGGUUCGACCGGGACUCCCUCUCCAACCUGGAGAAUGCCGACCCCGAGCUAUGCAUCCGUUUGCUGCGUACGCCGACCGUACAGAACUACUCCGGAUUGAAGAAGAAGCUGGAGCACUGCGACGCGGAGUGGAUGCAGGACUUCCUGCAGCUGGAUGGGCUGGGCGUUUUGUUCGAAUGUCUGGAUCGUCUGUCCGACCGUGGCUUCUCCAGCUUUACCAACGCUUACAUCCAACUGGAGUGUGUCGGGUGUGUUCGCGCAGUGAUGAACUCGCGCACCGGGCUGGAAUACAUCAUCGAAAACAGGGAAUUCACCAGAACACUGGCCAAAGCCUUGGACACAGAGAACACGAUGGUGAAGAAACAAGUCUUUGAGCUGCUCUCCGCCAUCUGUGUCUACUCGCUGGAGGGUUACGAGCUCGCAAUUGAUGCCCUGGAAAACUAUAAGCUUGCCAAGAACCAGCGGUACCGCUUCAGCCUCAUCAUCAACGAGCUACGCUUCGCAGACGUGACAACUUACAAGUCUACCCUCAUGGCCUUCAUCAACUGUAUCAUUGUGGCCACCGAGGAUCUGGAGGACAGGAUCCGCAUCCGCAAUGAGUUUAUCGGGCUUCAGCUCCUUGACAUCAUGACAGAUCUCAGGCGUGGAGACGACCCAGACCUGCUGAUCCAAUGUGAAGUCUUUGACGAGCAAAAACUCAGUGAUGAGGAAGAGUUGUCCAAUCCAGAGGAGAUAGAUUUGGGAUCUCACAUUGAUGUCUUCUAUGCAAUCUUUAAAAAGGUUUCAUACAGUCCUCAGGCUUCCUCAUUCCUCAACAUCCUUGUCAACCUUCUACAACUGGACCCUACCGACUCCUUCAGUGAUGUCGUCUGGGAUACCCUAGAUAGGCUCGUACAGAAGGCCACGUUAUUAGAAAGACGUUACCAGGCCGACAUGCUACUGGCGCAGGGUGUGCGGGAAAUAAGAUGGCAAAUUGAGAACACGUUAGCGCUGGGAACCGACGACGGUGGCAACAGGACACUUGAAAGACCCAGAAAGAACCUUCACUCAGAGGCACAGACUGAUCUGCUAAUGAAAGACAUAGAGGCUCUCAUGAAUGAAAGAAAGAGAAUGGGUAAAAAGACAAUAGAUCUGGAGAAAGUCAGGACCAUGAUGUGUCAAUCAUGUGGAAAAACUGGGGGUGAGACAGUAAGGAGUGUUCCAAGGGAAACAGGGCCUGUUACACACAGGCCAACUGAAGAAGAGCUGUACAGGUACAAUUAUAAUGAGUUGUUACGAAUAGAAGAGGAACUAGUUGGCCAACAAGUUCAUAGGAAAGCGGCAAUUCCAACAGGAGCUGUACCAACUCCCUUCACGAUGGGAGAGGAGAGUGCAGAACUGUCUGGUACAAGAAUUGGCCCACGACCACCUUUCCCACGUUCUAUUGUAACGGACGUGUUUCCCUCGUCUACAACAACAGUUCUGUCCAUCCAACAGGCCGAUGCCUCCGUCCCCGCUCCCCCUGAACCCUCCCAGGCAGUUAACCGUAUGUUAGCCAGCUUUAAUGCCCUCAUGCAGCAAUACACAGAGACUGGAGAAGAAGCUAUUCCUAUGUCUUCCAUGAACGUGCCCGACAGACGUGGCCCGUUCCCCCCAGAGCAGUACCCUCCUGUGCGUUAUCCAUAUCCAGCACAGCCCAACGUUGCAAACGCACCUUUGUCCACGGCACCUCGACCACAAAUGGGGGCUCCGACAUAUCACCCAGCAGUCCAAUAUGCACCCUCUGGUACCAGUAUGCCCAUUCAGGCAGCCAUGCCAAGCCAGGGCAUACCAAUAUCAGACAAGGUGGGGGACGCUAAUGCCAGGGCGGCAAGCAGUGGGGGCAGUGCUGUAGUCUCUGCAACUCACACAACAUCAAUGACUCAAGUGGUCCCUAACCAGGCAGGGGCUGAAGCCAUCCAGAGGCAAGGGGGUGGAAGCAUUGUUCCUGCACCAUACCCAGGACCUGGCUAUUCCGAAACCAUCCAGGAAAGCCGACACCAAGCUUCUUAUGCAGAAGCAGGGUACACCGGUGUACCAACUGCAGUUGGUUCUGCCCUUGCUCCUGCAUCAUACCCAAGUACUAUAGCGUCAUACCCAAGUACUGUAGCGUCGUACCCAAGUACUGUAGCGUCGUACCCAAGUACUGUAGCGUCAUACCCAAGUACUAUAGCGUCAUACCCAAGCACAGUAGUACCAUACCCGAGUACUGUAUCAGCGUACCCAACCACAGCGGCACCAAUGCUGUACACCACCACUGGCCAGGUUAUCCCAUCAACAGGAAUAGCUGGUACAACAAUUGUCACCAUUGCAUCCUCUACCUUAGCGGCCACAGUUGCCACAAACGCGUACCCAAUCAGCACGGCAAAUGCCCUGAUCGAGGGCACCUACAGCUACACCCAACCUCAGUCUUCCCAACCAGGCACGAUUGUUGUCUUCACAGCAGAGGGGCAAGCAGUAGUUGCCACAGAAACCGUCUCCCCCAUACCUACAUCAAUGUCCCCUUCCCCGUCCCCACCCCCACCGGGCCCUCCCCCGCCCCUGCUGACCAGAAAUCCCCCUCAGUCAGCUCCGUCUUCUCCCCCCGUGCCGCCCCCUCCCCCCGGACGUGUGAGCAUCCCAGUUGCAUUCAUCGAGCGGAAGGAGGAGACAGUACAUCCAAAUGUACCCAAACCAGCAGGGAAGCUAAAGCAUGUUAACUGGGUUAAAAUCCCACAACAUGCUAUGUCAGGCAAGAACAAUGUCUGGACGAAGAUCCGUGAGUGGGAGGAAAGAAUCGAACCAGAUUUCUCCCGAGCAGAAGAGCUUUUCCGUCAAACAGAGCUUCCCACCAGAGAGAGGAAGAAAAAACAGGAGGAGACAAAACAAUUGUUGCAGGUCAACCUUCUAGAGGGGAAGAGGAGUCUGAACAUCAACAUCUACCUUCGUCAGUUCAAAUGCUCCCAUGAAGAGAUUAUAGACAUGGUACAGCAAGGUGACCCUGAGAAAAUGGGUGCUGAGAGACUUAAGGGACUGCUGAGGCUGCUGCCACAGGCUCAUGAGAUUGAGCUCCUGACAUCCUAUGAAGGUGACAAGACCAAGCUGGGAGCAGCUGAGAAAUUCUUCCUCCUUCUAUUAGAGCUUCCAAGUUAUCGCCUGCGUGUGGAAGGCAUGGUGAUGAAGGAGGAGUUCUCGGCCAGCAUGGCGUUCCUGAAGCCGUCCAUCCGUACCAUCCAGCAGGCGUGCCAGGACCUGCUGGAAAACAAGAAACUCCAACGGCUUCUACAGCUCAUCCUGUUGACUGGAAACUUCCUCAACUUUGGUGGUUAUGCUGGCAAUGCUGCAGGCUUCCGGCUCCACUCUCUUCUGCGAUUGGUCGACACCAGGGCCAACAAGCCCAAGAUGAACCUGAUGCAUUUUGUGGUGCAGGAAGCAGAGGAGAAGGACCCAGCCAUCUUGACUUUCCCAGAUGACAUGAAACAUCUGGAAGAAGCAGCAAGGUUAUCCAUGGAAGGGCUGAGCAGUGAGAUCCAGCAGCUGAUGACAGGACUGCACCGUCUCCACAAACAGCUGUCCAACUCUGAGGAUGAUGUUAAGGAGCAGUUCCAAACAUUUGUCGAGCGAGCCAUGGUGAGUGUCUGCGAGCUGCAGAAAGAGCUGGCUGGCAUCAAGCAGCUGGCCAGGAAGCUGGCUGUCCACUUCUGCGAGGACCCCAACAGCUUCCAACUCGAGGAGUGCCUGCAGAUCUUCAAGACAUUCUGUGAGAGGGUCAAGACAGCUCACAAGGAGAACAUCCAGCGCCGGUUGCAGGAGGACAUGGCAGAGAAGAAGCGCCGUGAGCGGGAGGAGUUCGAGGCCAGGAGGAAGGCCAUGAAGGCCGACGCCCCGCCACCUGGACGCUUCAGCGCCCCCGCCUCUCCCACGGAAACAGAAGCACCAGGUAUGGUGGACAACCUGCUGGAGGACAUUAGACGAGGCUUCAAGAUGAAGAAGCCUCACGGGAAAACUAAAACUGCCAGUCCAGCCAGGAAAAGGGACAAGAGAUCACACAAGCGAGACCCCAGCGAGAACAGAGAACGUCAGGUGGAUCGCACCCAGAUCGUGCCCCAGAACUUACCUGUGCCAAGGGACCGCUCCAGCAGUGUGACAUCAUGUACCACUGAUGAGGACAGCAUCAGCAUCAUCAGCCAGACAUCAGAGAGUGACAAAUCAUCCUACACAUCAGCGAAGGAUAGAAAAAGAGAGAGAAGGUCCCAGAAGCGAGACUCCAGUGAAGACAGGGAGAGCCAGUCCUCAGAUCAGGGUCCCAGCCUGCUCCACCCUCCCAGGGAGCGCUCCAGCAGUAUCACCUCCUGCACCACAGAUGAGGACAGUCUCAGUCAGUCCUCUGAUUGUGAAAAGUCUUACCCAUCCCCAAAGGAAAGGGCAGUUAUCUCCCCGGAGGCGAUGGAAUAUGUAGUUCACCAGAUCCAGAAGUUAGAGAUUACCUGUGCUGACGAGGAGAACUGUCAGCCGCCACAGCCGAGCCAAACAGAGAAGGACGACACAAUCCCACAACCACAGAACAAAUCACAAGAACAACCCCCCACAGGUGACUCCUUAGUUGAAAAGCCCAACAAAAAUGAAUAUGUUGCAAAGAAAGUUCAAGCAGAAAGUCAACCGGAUAAAACGGUAACGCAAUCAAAAGGUAGUGAUGACAAGUCGCAAAGAGAUUCGAUAGAUGGUAAAGUGCCCGAGACAGCACAGACAAGAGGUGAUUCGAAGCAGGACAAGGGAGCAAAAACAGGUCCAGGUCAGAAACGAUCGAGUCAAGAAAUCAUGGGCAGUGCAGAGGGUUCGGGUAAGACAUUGCAAAGUUUUGCCGGCCAACCGAAAGAAGGGUCAUUACCAACCUCUUCAAAUGUGAGACGUCCUCGCUCAAGGCAGCAGGUGUUGACGGAGUUGACAAUGGGCAUGGACACUCCCACUGCAAUACCAACACCUGGAAAGGUGGCGCCGCAGCAUGUCGACAAAAGGGGAGUCGCAAGGCCAGAGCAUGUUGCCGCUCAACCCAAGAGGAAAGGAUCGUCCACUGCUCAAUCUAAGAGCAAAGAACAAAAGCUUCCAGAACCACAAGUGAUAUUGGGAGAGCACACUAGUCUAAGUAGAUGGCCCACUUCUACCUCGUUACCCCGGGAUACAAAGGCAAGCAGGAGGCAGAAGAGACAACAGGCAGAGGCCAGGGCAAAGGCAGAGGCUGGGGAGAGAGCCAGGCAGAGACACAAGUCUGCACCUGCCGAGCGACAUCGUCACCAAGGAUCUCACAGAACGCUAGACUCACGGGAGAGACAAAGAUCAGUUGAUGAAAGGAUAGAGCAUCACAAUAAGAAGGCUCAACGCGUACUGGCACAGGCAGAGUCUGAUUACAACAUAGAGCAAGAGCCUGAAGUCUUAAAGGUCAGGAGUGGGUCAUCUCUUGGUUUGAGUUACACUCAAGAUGGUGGAAGCCAAGCCUCCUCUUUAAACAUCAAACAUAAAGGGCAGCUUCUCCCUAAAUCUAAGAAACAAAGUUUAACCUUGUCACCAACAACGAAACAGAUCCUUGAAAAGGGAGAGCUCCCUCCCCUACCUGACUAUGCUAGCUCCAUGGGUGAUCUUCCUCCCCUACCUGACUAUAUCGCGUCAAUGGGUGAACUUCCCCCACUACCUGACUACAUUGACAUCAAUGCAAUGGGCAGCCUCCCUCCACUGCCGGACUAUGUAGACUUAGGAAGCGUCCCAAAUUUGCAGGAUUCCUCACAAUUUCAGCCAGAUCCUGCCCAAGCGAGGGACAGGUUCCGGAGUCAGGACAGUCUGCAUAUGCAUCAUGAUGAGAUUGAUGCUAAAUGUAGCACCCUCCUUGAUCCUGGUCAUGCCCAUGCCAAAACCCCUCAUGCUCAAGAGCGCCCUUCCCAUGGCCAAAGCACCCCCUCUCAAGACCAGGGGCAUUCCAGAAGCAGGCCUUUACUGGACCAUUUGCAUGCCCAGGCUGGCCCUCACCUGACACAUACCCAGCCCCGACAUGACGUGCAAUCCCGUAGCAGCCGUCACUCACGUCGCAGCCGCUCCAGAAGAGGUCAUCCUCCGACUCACGGAUAUGCCAGAACAACCCUCCCACCUCAGUCGGUUAGUGUCCAUGCCAUGUCCCAACUGGACCAGGCCCGUUAUGCAGCUGGCACUAGUUCGUCCAAACUAGACCCAGCGCGUGCCUCGUCACACGAACUGGGCCGUGCAGACACAGAAGUUACCGCUAGCGCUAGUCAACCCCAGGCUGCCCAGCAGCCCCGCAAGGACCAAUCAAAGAGACGGGUUGGACCCACCAGAUCCUCCUCUGAGCAGUUUUCUGACCUGGACUCGCGUUACGAGCUCCACCGGGCUAACACAACCGAACAUAUCCACGGCAAACCUGACAUGAGGUCGUACCCCAUCAGACAGUCUCAGUCCACCAUCAUAGACUGGAAACUCCAACUUCCUGAUUCCGAGGAAGACAAGUUGGGAGAACAAGACAGAGACGGCUCUGGUGACUCUUCGAGGGAUAGGAGUGACAGCGGUUCCCGACCGAGUACUUUGUCCAUGUCGAGGGAGAGACGUAGAUCUCGAGGAUGGAACGAGGACCCUAGCCCUUAUAGCCUGCUGCAGGAGAAAGUGCAGGAUGCCAAGGGGGACGUCCCAAGUGACGUUGCACUGGCCAUGUCACUUUUCGGACCAGGAGACCAGCCACCACCAGCGCAAAAGCCGAUUGAACCACCGCCCAGGCAUCGCACUCGGAAUGCCUGCAGUCCUCCUGGAAGCCCCUUCGGUUUGCCUGAUGUUAAUAAGAUAGCUGAUGCCAUCACCUGCAAGCAGCAAUAAAAGUGUAGGUUCCAUCCUUUGGGUCUUAUACGUAAGAAAGAAAAAACUUGCUGAAACUUGAAAGCUUUUGGGGAGCAUUGUUGCAAAAUGUUGAGAUAUUCCAUAUCGGAUAUCAUGCUGCCUCACAAAGUUAAAAGAAGGCACACAAAAAAAAAAAAACUGCUUGGUAGAAAAAAAUUAAUUUCUGAAAUGUAUCAGCAGAUUAUCAAAUCACUUAUAGCAAAUAUGUGCAAUAUGGAAGAAAGCCAACUUAACUGAUUGUGAAGCUUCAACCAUCCAACAAAUAAAAAUAAACAGGGUGGUUUGAAAUAUGUGGGGAGUAUGUGAAAGGUAUAAAAAGGUGGUUAAAAGUAGCAUUAAAGCAAUGCUGUUGGUGUAAUGAUAUGUGCACCAGCUUUUCAAAAGAGGCUGUGUGUGACUGAUAGGAGUAUGCAUGUCAUAUCAAACUCCCUCUGAAUUGAGGCUCAUGCUUGCUUGACAACUGGAAAGGGUUGGAAAUAAGACGAGUUAUAAAAAAUAUAUAUGUGAGGUGGUUCCCAACAUAGACAUCUGGUCAUGAUAUAUACCUCUCAGAGUUCAUAUAAAUAAUGCAAGAUUCGUAGAUAGUGGCUAUGGCCACUGGAGGGAACCUUAUACAGAAAAUAUUAAGAUGACAUCUUUAAAUCCUGAUCAGAUGUAUUUUGAUGGUUUGAAAAGAUGGCGGCACUGUCAUGGCUUUUCCAGGAGAAGGCAGAGGAGCAUCUAUGUUUGCUAAACACCCUGCAGUAACCAGCACUGUAGGUUACAGCUGGUGAUGUGUUAUGAACUUUAAACUUGAAAGCAUAAAUCUUUCUUGAGAAAAGAUGCUUCUCAUGAUGUUGUGACUCAACCUGGCUAUAUCUUAGAGAACAACAUCUGAAAAGUGUUAAAAAAAUGACUCAAAUAUGGGUGGAUGCUUUGCCCAUACCCUCUCUUUCCUGCAGAAUGUUUUGACUACUAUAGAUGCAUUAAUAUUUCCAAUCAUAUAGUUGUCUCAAUUUCUGCCAUGUCAGCGCUUGUUACUUAGGCCACACUCAGACUUCAUUUUAUGGAUGACAUUUGCGCAUGCAUUGAUUUUUGCCUGUUCUAAAAAAAAUGUGGCCACAUGUGACCCUAAAGUAUUCUCGUCAAUCAGAAUUCUAUGCUUGCCAGAAGAUCUGCUAUCCAGGGUAUUUUAAAGGGGGUACAUGGUCAGGGAGCAUGGUAGAAAAAUGAAAUGGCGACGAUUGUCUCUUACAGUAUUACUAGAGGUAAACAUAAGACAAACCAAACCUGUAAAAGAAUGGACUGGAUGUUUAGUCCUCUGGUUUAGCACUAUUAGUCUUGGGGUCUCUAGAGGAUGUCAUCCAUAAAAUUAAGUCAGAGUGGCCUAAGCCCAUAUUGCAUCAAAAGCUAACAAAGAAUUACCAGAGGUAUCUACUAUCCACCCAUAAACACAUCCUCAUGUAAUAUCAGCUGUUGAGAGGUAAGAUUUUGGUAGCAUUAUGUCAAUGUUGCCAUCCUCUAUAGUUCAGAGAACUGGUGUUCUACCAUGUACUGAGAUGGACAACAGAAUCUGAAAUUGUCAUCAAAGAAGAUAAUUUUACUUUUUGUACCAGAGACAAUCCAUGACAGAAGAAAGAUAAUUAACUUAUUGAGUGUUUUGUGUAAAUGAAAUUCCUUGUCAUAUUCUUUUUUUCUCUGACUUGUCUGGUGAAGCAAAAACAAAACCGUGUAUGCAGGGAUUGAAAACAUAGCAAUAAACAUACAUAAAAUUCCUGCAGUACAUGUAACAUCUUCCAAAAGGUCAAAUCAAGACAAGUUCGGGUAUAAAAGAAAAGAUUAAAAAAAGACUCUAGGUUCAGAUUUUUGUGCAAUGUCAAUAUCAAACUUAGUAGAUAAUGGCUCCUUGUGACAGAGGUUGCAGUAAGACUUAUGACUUUUCACAAUGUACCAUGUUGUAAUAUAAUUUUUCUUUUGCAUCUAAAUCAUAGGUGUCUAAAAAGUAUGAACCCUCCAAGCUGUUUAGUAAGCCUGUCAGAUUUUAUUUCUUGUUAUUAUGAUGUUGGCUUACUUAACCUGUAGUUGACUGGCCAUUAUUUGGUCAGGUGUGCAACCAAAAGCAUAGUUUUAGUCUGGCUAAACUACCUAGUAGCUUAUAUAAUUAUGCUUUGCUAAAAGCAGCAGACCUAACAGUCUGUACAAUAGCUGCUGUUAAAGGAUAGAUUUUAUAAUUUCCAAUAAUUCUAUUACACUAUAAGAACUAUCUGAUGAAUGUUACAAGGAGAUACAUGUAAACUUAAAGCAACCAGUUGAGUUUCUUGGAGAAAUAUUUAUGAAAAAAUAGGUGCAAUUAAGCCUAUCAGACUGGAAAGUUUGUGAUCAUAUGAAAUUUAACGAAAGUUUGUCAUGACUCAGAAAAUGUGCAUUAUGCAAGGAAAGGAGAACCAUUUUGUCUUAAAUGUGUGUUGCUUGUGAAAAUGUUGUAACAAUACUGUUGAUAGAUAGGUCUAUGCCAACAAUAUAUGGUAAAUUUCUAUAUGUGAUAUUAUAUGUGUUUAUAUCAUUAGGAGAUAUCAUGCAUUUAUGGCCACAUGUAUACAGCUACCUCCUAUCAUGUAUAAUAUCUUAAAUAAUGGCACCAGCCAUGACAUCAACAAUGUGAUUGGCCAAAAAGAUUGCUGUAUAUUGUGAAAUUGGUAUUUAGUUUGCAGUUUUUACUGUGAUCUCAACUGUGAAGGUUUGUUCCGCAUUCCAUUGUAUUACUAGUCUACCAUACUUUCAGCCACAAACUCAAAGAAUACUCUUCAUUUUCACAGCACCACAAAACUUACAAGGGCAGAAAACUAAAUUAAAGUCUUUUGUAAUAUUUGUUUCAUGAAAUUCACAAUACGUUUUUGUCAUCGGGCUUGCUUUUCUCUUGUUUGCGGUAGCUCUGACUUAGAAAAUAUACAUGCAUAUGGAUGCAGAAAUACAAGUCAAAAAUGCUGAUGGUGCCCAGGCUAGUCUAAGUUUGCUUUGCAAUAAUUUGUAAAUUUACAUUCUUCUGAACUCAACUUCAAUGGAGACCCCAUUGUUUAUCAAUCUUCUUGUCUACUUGACAAAUGUGCAUCUGAAAUAGUUGCAAAUAUUAUCUCAAAAGUCUACUAUUCCCAUCAAAUGGUCGGUCAUGAGGACAUAUUUGUCAGACUUGUAAGUUGUCAAAAAAAGCGAGUUGUAGUCACAAGUUACAGGUGAACAUGUUUGUCAUAUAGAUUUAUUCAUUGAUUCAAAACUAUUUGGGGCCAUUCAUGUUUACAACGUAUAUCAAUUACAUGUAUGCAUUUAUUUCUAAGAAGAUCUUGUACCUUUGAAAUGGCUAUUAUUAUUACGUGAUGGACACAAUAACUAACUUCUUGUGUUUAAAAAAGGUAAGAUUUGAGUGGUUAAGAGUAACCAUCCUGCUCAUGCAGGAAGUUAUCUAUUUUUUUAACAAAUAUUUGCGUGCAUAACAAUAUGCCACACCAAUAUCAUACGUCGGUGAUCAUUCCAUGCACAUAAAAUGCUAUGGAUUUUGUAGUAAAAUAAAGGACGGUGUGCAACCA